GGUUUUUGUUUUGUGAUUGAAGCGUGACAAAUAUUGGUCCUGUUAAGUAAUUUAGACUUCUUUCUAUGAAUAUAGAGAAAAAUGAAACAAAUGUGUUGUGAAAUGAAUUCAUCUGUGUCAUUAUAAUUAUAAAAUUAAUAUGAAACGACACAAAAGCUAAUACCACACGAUGAUACAUGAAUGUGUGUUUGCCUUAAGAGUUUUUAAAGAAGAAGUUUUAUUAAAGUUAAGAAGAAGAAGAAGAAGUUUUAAAAUAUUAAUAUUCUAUACAAGUUGUUAAAAACAUUGUUAAAAAGAUGUGGCGUCGUUAUUUGUUUUGGUUUGCUCAUGAGCAUAACGACUUCCGACAUGCAGAAAUACAAAGCAUUUUAUCUAUUUUUGAUAUUCCAAUAAAAUACAUAGAAAAGCCAUGUGCAAAGAAGCCUUACUGGAUAGUGGAGUUGCCUUCAGAAGAGUCUGUGAAGAAAAUUGCAUCAAGAUCAGUUCUUAUUAAAAACUGUAUAGAACUAUGGUCAUCAACAAAGUCAGUUAGUCAACUACAUCGGAAUUUGAAAGACGCUUUAUUGAACACUAAUCAGGAAUGGAUUGUUAAAACAGACCCUGACAAGGGAGUUGGUGAGCAUAUCUGCCCGAAUACUUUGAUAGAAGCAUGCUGUUCGGCAAACAAAUCUUUCAAAAUAGAAGUGGAGACAUUUUGUAAACAUUUUACAAUGAAAGAAAAAGUGGAGAAGAUUGAGGCAUUCAGUUAUUUGCCAUUGAAUGGGCCCGUAAGGUUGAAAGAUCCUGAUGUCACUUUGGCAUAUUUGGAAUAUUAUGGUGUUGACCCAAAUAAUGUUCCUGAAGAGCCUUAUGAAGUAUUCUUUGGUAGAUGGGUAGCAGAUGGCCAACGUGACCUCAUACAGUACCAUUCGUUGAAACGGAGACAGUUCAUCGGCAACACCAGUAUGGACGCGCAGUUAGCGCUGAUUAUGGCGAACCAGGCGCGUGUGGUCUCCGGAGACUUGGUGCUGGAUCCGUUUGUGGGUUCAGGGUCACUGUUGGUUGCUGCGGCACAUUUUGGAGGUUAUGUUUGGGGAUCGGACAUCGAUUUCAUGAUGCUUCACGCCCGUACACGGCCCACACGCGUUGGACAAAAGGCACGUACUAAAGAAGAGAGCAUACGGGGCAAUAUGCGUCAGUAUGGCACUGAAUCUUUGUACUUGGACGCGGUCGUCAGUGAUUUCUCUCUGCCCAUGUGGAAACCAGGAAUGCAAUUCGACGCAAUCAUCACUGAUCCGCCCUACGGAGUUCGGGAACCGACAGAGAAGAUAGGGAUAGAGAGAGAAAACUAUACCCUCUCGGAGGAGCACCUAGUGAAUCACAUACCUUCUAAAGUGGAAUAUGGAUUGCCACAGCUGUACGAUGACUUACUGGAGUUUGCAGCGAACCAUCUAAAGACUGGCAAGCGGCUGGUCUGUUGGUAUCCCAUGGUUAGGGAGGAGGAAUGUCACUCGCUGCAGUUCCCGCAACACCCGCGCAUGGCGCUAGUGAGCGCGUCCGAGCAGCCGCUGUCGCGCGCCACCUGUCGGCGAUUGCUCACGUACGAGAAACUAACGACACAUACAGACACGCGACCGUUACCACACAACGCCCCACAUAACUUCAGAGAAAAGUAUUUUGCACUGGGAGAAAUCACACGUCGCGAAAAGAAGGAAAGGAAAGCGGAAGAGAAGGCCAGAGCAGAAUUUUAUAAAUCAAAGAACGGUGUUACUUGAUGUAUAGAAAUGUUAUAGUAUAAAAGAUUAAGCGUAAAUAAUUAAAUGCAAUACAAAAAAAUAUACA